AUGAUCGAACUCCACCGCGGCAGUAUCGCCGUCGACGGAGUCGACCUGCGCAGCAUAUCCCGCAAGACAGUGCGAACGCGGCUGAUCGCCAUCCCACAGGAUCCGUUCCUGCUCCCGGGCACCGUCCGGUUUAACGCGGCGCCGGGCGGGUCCGACUCCGUCGCAGACGACAGCCAUAUCAUCGCCGCCCUUGCGAAGGUCGGGCUGUGGCCGCACGUCCAGAACUGCGGCGGGCUCGACGCCGACAUCGACGCCCUGGCGCUCUCGCACGGCCAGCAGCAGCUCUUCUGCCUGGCGCGGGCGAUGCUCCGGCGCGGCACGAUCCUCGUCCUCGACGAGGCGACGAGUAAUGUCGACUGGGCCACGGAUGAGCUCAUGCAGCGGGUGAUCCGCGCCGAGUUUGCGGACAAGACCAUCAUCACAGUUGCGCACCGUCUGAGGACGAUUCUGUACAGUGAUGUGGUGGUGGUCCUGGGCGAUGGUCAGAUUCUUGAGGCAGGUCACCCCGGGGAACUGCUGGCGAGGGCAGGUCCGUUCCGGGAGCUCUGCGGUGCUCAGGGGAUCACUAUCGACAGUAUCUGA